AUGCGAGGGCCCUCACUGCCGGACUCGUCUUCUUCCUGCAGCUUUUUCCUCACGGUUGCGACAACGCUUUCACGUAGAAGUUUUUCUAUAGCAAUACCUCAACAGUCAUACCAGCAGCAACGAACACAAGCCCAGCACCGAAACCUCCGUGAAUCGCAGAUAACUACCGUUCGUCAGCAGUUGGUCCGGGCUUCUACUGUGCGACCCGUCUGCAGACGGAAGACUCUUUCAUCGUAUUAUCUUGCACGGAAACGACCAGAUACGCAGGAAAAGUACUCGUUGUUCCUGAGGACAUACGGCAGAUGCGCACAACCGCCGCCGCUGUCUCUAACUCUCCGCCGCAGUCACAGCUUCUGGAAGGAGGAAGCCUCUUCAGCAAAGUCACCUUGUCCGUAUUCUCUCUGCGAGGAAAGGAAAAAUACACGAGUGCCAAAUUUGACGCGCAGAGGACGUCGCACCGGCACCAUGGCAACCACUCUACCGAAGAAAAAAUGUAUAACGUCGUCCAUCUUCACCUGUCUCCUUUCCGUUGUCUUUUUCCUCCGCAUCACUAUCAGCUGCACGGUGGUGUUCUACGUGAUGAAGUACGAGGGACAGUUGACCUCCAGAACCCGCGUGCUCCGUGGGCUUCUCACCGUCCUCAUGGUGGUGUUGUUGCUUGUGUUGGUGCUGGUGGUGGUGCCGCUCUUUAUAUGGGUGCGUGAUGUGUCUACAGCACUGGCGGAGCCUAUAGCGAGCUCGUAUCAGCCGGGGGCGGUGGAGUCGUUUUGGUAUGACUGGUGGGAGGGUAAUAAAUUUUUCACUCCAACCAGCUUAGUACUUCACCAGCGCCAGGAACUUUCCCUUGCCAAUCAAAAGGAAAUUCAAGACAGCUACAGCCUAGCUAUGCAGAGUCAGCCUCAGCAGAAAUUCGUUAUGGUCAUCCCCCCUCCCAAUGUCACUGGCUCGCUACAUAUUGGACACACGCUCACUGUUGCUAUACAAGACGCCCUUGCACGCUGGCAUCGCAUGAAGGGUCGUAUUGUUUUGUGGGUCCCAGGAACUGAUCAUGCGGGAAUAGCAACACAGAGCGUAGUGGAGAGGGCGUUGCUGAAGAAGGGUAUUACUAAACAUGAUUUAAGGCGAGAAAAAUUUGUCGAGGAAGUCUGGAAAUGGAAGGAGGAGUACGGGAACACAAUUUGUCAGCAAUUAAGACGUGUGGCGAGCAGCGUGUCCUGGCCGCAUUUCUCGUUCACGUUGGACGCAAAGUUGUCGCUCGCGGUUGUCGAAGCCUUCGUACGUCUUUACGACAAGGGGCUCAUAUUCAGAGCCGAGAGGCUGGUGACAUGGUCUCCGUAUUUAAAGACCGCCAUUAGUGAUAUCGAAGUAGAUGUAGAGGAAAUUGAUAAGCCUACGAAAAUUAAUAUUCCGGGAUUCCAGUAUUCCGUAGAUGUAGGAUAUUUAUGGAAUUUCUGUUACGAAGUUGAAGGAGGGAAGGAGAAACUUCAAGUGGCUACUACGCGUAUCGAAACGAUGCUCGGUGAUGUAGCUGUUGCUGUCAACCCUGCAGAUACUCGCUAUAAGGAUCUUGUUGGAAAACGACUCAAACACCCGUUCAUUCCUGAGCGCAAGAUGCUCGUAAGCGACGAACACGUGGACCCGGAGUUCGGAACUGGUGCUGUCAAAAUAACUCCUGCACACGAUAAAAAUGACUACGAAAUUGCAAAAAGGCAUAAUUUGCCAAGUAUAUGUAUCUUCACGUUGGACGGCUACAUCAACACCGAGGGAGGCCCCUUCGCAGGGCAGCAUCGUUUUGAGUGUCGUUACAACAUUCAAAAAGCGCUAAAAGAGAAGGGCUUGCUUGGAGAUCGGAUGCCGAAUACACGCACCAUGCAAUUACCGCGCUGCAGUCGUAGUGGAGACAUCGUCGAGUAUAUGCUCAUUCCCCAAUGGUGGUGUUCGUGUAAAGAUAUGGCAGCCCGUGCAGUGCAGAAGGUCCGCCAGGGGGAGUUGCAAAUCAUUCCUGCCAUGUAUACGGAUGUCUGGUUUCACUGGCUUGAAAACAUUAAGGACUGGUACGUGCGCGCAUGGCAACACUCCUCUACCAUCCGCAGCCACCACAACACAGCCAGUCAACAAGCCUGCCCUACAGGGGAGAACAGGGCUACAGGACGUCUACUACGUCUGUACGUGUUGUCGGAGGGCGCGCGCUACACUCCUUCGAGUGCGUCUGUAGAUACUGUGGGAAGGGCUACAGUUCUCCAGUAUAUCUGCAGAGAGAAUGCACCGACAACACUACCUCCAGUGCGUCUGGAGAUGUAG